GGAUGUAGGAACGAGUCUGUCUUCAGUCGCCAUGUUGGCUCCGACUCCCGAGGAGAGGGACACCUGACCGAGUCUCCUGAGGAGGACAAACCGCGUCUUGUUGAAGCAGCGGCUCUGACGGCGCCUGUGCCGUUCAGCAUCCUGUUACUCGUCCCACACUGAGGGACCAUCGACUGAUCCAUUGCUCUAAUUAUGGCAGAGGGGGGGACCUAAAAAUUCAGCCUUAUUUUUUUCUAUAGGAAAAUGGAGGCCCAAACGUCCAAGGUGGUGCUGUCUCUGGACGCUAAAGAGGUGGCCUCGCUCAAAGACGGAGUGAGCUUCAAGAAAAACCCAGAAGACGGGAGAUGUUACAUCAUCUACAAGAGCAGCGGUGGCUUCAAAGCCUGCAAGAAUCAGUGCAAACACCAAGGAGGGCUGUUCAUCCAGGACAUAGAAGACCUGGACGGCAGGACGGUGAAAUGCACCAAGCACAACUGGAAGUUAAACGUGUCGUCGAUGAAAUACGUGAACCCGCCCGACAGCUUCCUCCAGGACGAGCUCGAAGUUGAAAUGUUGGAUGAUGGAGGGAUGCAGCUGGUUGAGCUGAACCCCAUUGACCCCUGGCUGGCUGAGCCCAGAGAACCUCAGGAGCUCCAGGAGGGAGAAGUGAAAAUAACAUACCUCACCCACGCCUGCAUGGAGCUGCAGCUGGGAGAUAAGCGCUUCCUGUUUGACCCCUGGCUGAAGGGUCCCGCCUUCGCUCGAGGCUGGUGGCUUCUCCACGAGCCGCCGGCAGACUGCCUGGACCGACUCUGUGCUGCAGAUCUCAUCUACAUCAGCCACCUGCACUCCGACCACCUCAGUUAUCCCACUCUGAAGGUGUUGUCAGAACGGAGGCCAGACGUUCCCAUAUAUGUUGGUGACACAUCCAGACCAGUUUUCUGGAAUUUGGAACAAAGCAAGGUCAAGCUGACCAACAUCAGAGUCACUCCUUUUGGUGUCUGGCAAAAUGUUGACGAUAACCUGAGAUUUAUGAUUCUGAUGGAUGGUGUCCAUCCUGAAAUGGACACCUGCAUCAUUGUUGACUAUAAAGGUACCGAAGAUUUUGCCUUUGUAAAACACCAUCUGACCAUUUAUUUUCUUUUAAAGUGUAUUACAUUUUUGGGGGGCUUUUUUUUUCCAGGUCACAUGAUCCUGAACACGGUGGACUGCACCAGGCCAAAUGGGGGCAGACUACCAGAAAAAGUGGAUCUGAUGAUGAGUGAUUUUGCUGGUGGUGCGUCUGGAUUCCCCAUGACAUUUCACGGGGGGAAAUACAGCGACUCGUGGAAGGCAGAGUUCAUCAAGAACGAAAGGAAGAAAUUACUGAACUACAAAGCCACGCUGGUCAAAUCCCUGCAGCCGAGGAUCUACUGUCCCUUCGCUGGAUAUUUUGUGGAAGCUCAUCCAUCAGACAAGUACAUUAAGGAUACAAACAUCAAAAACAGAGCAGAGGACCUCAACGCACUCAUCAAUCAGGUUUCACUGGACACCAAGACGUGGACUCCCAAACCCGGCGCUGUGCUGGACCUCGGCCUCGCACUGAAAGACAGCAGUGAGGCCAUUACUGAUCCUCCAGCCAAUGCCAAAAUCUACAAGGACAGCUGGGAGUUUGACUUGUAUGUGGAUGAACUCAACAGCGCCAUCAGCAGUGAGAUAUUUAAGCAUGAGAGCUGGAUCCAGUUUUAUUACAGCUGGGCAGGCUUUCAAAACUACAACCUGGUGGUGCGGAUGAUUGAAACAGAUGACGGCUUUAAACCAGUGAGUAAUGGCUACGACUACCUGGUGGACUUUUUGGAUUUGUCAUUUCCUUCCACAAGACCGGACAGAGAGCACUCCUACCUUGAGGUUAAAAACAGAAUCGGCGUGAUGAGGUACGUGGUUCUGCACGGCGGCCUCUGGGACGACCUGUACAUCGGCUUUCAGAACCGCAUCAGCCGAGAUCCCGACACCUACCACCACAAGUUCUGGAACCACUUCCAGACCCAGUUACCUCUUCACAGUCCAGACUGGGAACAGUUUCUGCUGCGAGUCCCUCCCAUCCAGGAAACAGACUCAUUAAAUUAUGGCUUAUUGAAUUACUGUUCCAUUUUGUAGAUUUGGAAGGAGGGGAUGUGAAAGAAAUGCUUCAGAUUUCUUGGUUUAAACCAAAGUAAAAUGAUUAAUUGCAUGAAUUAAGCCAAAGUGGAAUUUCCAUGAAGCCUAAUGGAAGUUAUCUUCCUAACGGAAAUUAAUCUUCUGGAAUUUUUUUUUUAUUAUUAUUAUUAUUAUUUUCUUACUUAUUGAAUGUAUGAGUUUUCUAAACCCUCAUGUAUAAAUGAUUUAGAUAUUUUAGUGUUUUAAACCAAAAAGCAAUGCCACACAUCAACUGCAUUUCAUCGCACUCCAAUCCUUCACAGUACAUUUAUUCUCACCUCAGGCCUCCUUUUCCUCUCUCCCCACCAACCAUACAAAUCCUAGUUUCAUAUAUUCAAGAAAAGCAGAGGCAUGACAUCUCAUUUACACGCAACUGUCCUCCUUUAAGGUACUUUUGCUCAAGUCCAUAUAAUAAAUGAGCCAAUCACGUGGCAGCAACACAAAGCAUUUAAGUGUACAACUGGAAAUCGGCAACAAAAAACCCCCAAAAUGACAGAAGUUGGUCCUCUACUGACCGUAUAAUUGCGCAAUUUGACAUUUCAAUUAAAAUUUGAGUAAUGAAAACACGGCAAUUUUGAGGAACUUUGUUCUUAAUUUAAAAAAAUUUAAAAUUUGGCACUAGUAUGAAGAACGUGUUUUGGCUGGAUCAAAGUUGCUUUAUUUUGCAAAACUGCGAAUGGAAACACUUUUUCACGCCUUGCGUGAUCAACAACCGGAUGCUGCCA